GCAAUCAAGGUCACGACCGACCUCCUUCGGCGCAGACCCUCUUCUUCAGAAGUGCCACGAUCACCGAUCGAGCGAAUGCCCACAUCUCUCAGCCCAUGUGUUCCACACCCAACGGCGCGGCUGAGCGUCGAGAAGACGAUGCCCCGCCCUCCACCACCAAACCUGUCGUUAUCGACGCCGGCUUGAGGAGUCAAGACCACUACAAGAAGGCUAUGCCCCCAUGGCGAUACAACCUCCGACAACGCAUGCUUCCUUUAGUACGAUGGGAGACGCCCUACCUUGCAUGGUUUCAGGAGAGGGCCCGCACGCCUGCUCUCGAUAGCUACUUUGCCAUCACGGCCAACCUCGGCACCCAUACCUUUUUCAUGAUCGGCCUACCAAUGCUGUUCUGGUAUGGCUAUGCCUCGUUCGGCAAGGGUCUCGUCCAUAUCCUCGCUGAGGGAGUCUUUUUCACCGGCUUCAUCAAGGACUUGUGCUCUCUGCCACGACCCCUCUCGCCGCCCCUCCACCGAAUCACCAUGUCCGGCUCAGCAGCGCUCGAGUACGGCUUUCCCUCGACGCAUAGCACGAACGCCGUGUCGGUGGCUCUCUACGCCAUUCUCGUUCUGCGCAGCCCGGAGACGGAGUACUCCGCAACCACCAAGCUCGUGCUCGAGGGCCUCUCCUACUUCUACGCCAUCUCCAUCGUUUUCUACUACGGCCCGCCUCUCGACGCCUACAUGCACUCCAGCUCGUGGGUCGCCGUCCUCAUCGCUGCCCUCGUCGUCAUUGUCCUCGUGCGCAUUCACCCAGAGCCAGUGGAUGACUGCCCCUGCUUUGAUGACAGCGUCGCUUUCGCAGGUGUCAUAAUUGGUCUCGAAUAUGCUACGUGGAACUACGGCCGGACCCCUUACGACCCUUUCGACACGAAUGCCCACAACUUCCAGUCCAUCAACUUGGGGCCUCUCGGCAUACCAGUGCUCGUCGCUCGUCUCUUCUUUGGUGUCUUCGUCAUUUUCGCCUGGCGUGAGGUCAUGAAACCCACCCUGUUGCGUGCGCUGCCGCAUCUCUUCCGCCUGAUCGAGCGUGCUGGUUACUCUCUGCCUCGUCGCUUCUUCACCCCAGCCUCCGAAUACAAGUCUAUUCCCGCAGGUUCGCGAAUGGACAACCUCAUCCCCUCUGUGCGCGAAAUCGUCCGCGUCGGCGAGUCCAUUCGCCAUCCGGCCACGCGCGGACGAUCUGUCUCGAUCGGGCCACAGAGCGCUGCCGACGCUUACGAGGCUCUUGCCUACCGCGAGCGUAGGCGUAGGGAGAGCAUUGGAAGCAACGGCAGCACCAAGGGCAAAGAGGCACUGGCUGAUGUCCAGGAGAACAGUGACGACCGUGCUGGCCGCGGCGCGGCAUCCGGUGUGCAUGGUGGCAUUGGCGAAUACGAGAGGCAGAUGGGCUCUUUCGUCUCCAGCCCGAUCGAAGAGUCGAGGGCCAGAGACUUCCCUUCUCCCGAACAGGAUGAAGCUGAGGAGAAGGAGAUGUUCUCCCGCCUGACGAGGCCGAGAGUGCGUUAUGACGUCGAGGUUGUGACAAAGCUCGUCGUGUAUGCUGGUAUUGCCUGGCUCGGCGUGGGCAUGAUCCCUAUCAUGUUCGAGUUUGUCGGCUUGGGAUCCAGUCACCUCCGCAUCGCAGCAUGA